AUGGAUAUCCCAUUGGGUGAAUCAGCCGAGCAGCAGCAGGUCGGGCCACCGGACCGGACGCGCUUAGUGACGCAACACACCUUUCUGAGGGCCUUCUUGGAACGCCACGGCUUCACAAGUGUCAGCAGUGAACGAAGCCUGGGAAGUGAGCGUGCAAAUGUCCAGCGUUCGCUGGUCACCACGGACGGCUACUACCCGCUUCAUGUGGCCGCACAGUACGGUGACCACGAGAUUCUGGGCCUCCUGCUAGAGAGCCGGGUCGAUGUGGAGCAACUCUCUCCCAAAGGCUUGACGGCCAUUGAGGUCGCCGAAGCGGAGAACCGAAAUGGCUCCCAUAGCUACGUGUUAUUCCUGCUCCGGGAUGCUGUCGCGCUGAAAAGGCAAGAGGAGCGACAGCACAAUCGCGCUAUGAGCGGAGAGGUGCUAGUCUCACGUCGAAGUUGCGAUUGUACCGGCAUUGGUUGCAACAAUUGCGAACAGCUCUUCCGCGCUUCUUUUUGA